UGACUCACGGCUCCAGCCUGAUGCUGCACUGGUUGCUCGUGCGUCCCAUGCUCCGUGUAUUAACCUUUAGAGCUUCUAACACACAGUGUGACGCUCAUUAAUCCGUUUUCUGCCAUAAUUCUUGUGUCAUAAAGCGUCUGUUGGGUUUUGGAUGCGUUGCCUGGAGACUCGACUGAUCUGGCUCUUGUACUCACGCACUGCAUGCGUUCAUCAGGAGGAGCCACUUGAAUCGCUAAUUGUUGGCGUCUCCGCUAGCGUGUGAUAAAUAAAGCGUCUCGUUUCCAGCUCAGUGGUCGUUUCCUCGGGCGACGGAUCGGAGCGUUUCAGGGUCGUAGUGCUGCUGGUUCCGUAUCUGUUGUGAGCUCCGUUGUCGCCUUCUGCUUCUAAAUGGCGAGUCUUCAUCCGGGGACGACCCACAGGCUUCCUCUGCAGGCGUUGAAUGGCAUCCAGCCGCAGCGGGAGGGAAACGGGACGCCACCGGCUCCGGAACCUGUUGGACUUAAAGCGGCUCCUGAAGGUUUCCACAUGUUUGGUCGUAGCUUCUGGACCUGAGCGCGUCUGCGUGGAAACGCCGUAAUCAGAUUAAUGACUAAUGAAUGAGUUUUCCAGUGAGCUUAUGAGCGGUGGACACGUCUCUUUCCCUGCUCAUCCCUCCCUCAGCUGGUCUCCCCCCUCCUCCCCCUCCUCCUCCUCCACCACCUCACUGCCCUGACCCACUUCUCUGUAAACCAACAACCAGAAUCUCCUUCUGUCUAUUUGCGUCUCUCUCUCUGACUAAAACCAUCACUCAGCUCUUUAGGGCGACUGCAGUGCUCGGCUGCAGCUACGCUGAAGUAGUGCUUCAGGAAGUUGGGCCAUAAAGAGUAGAAAUAGAAUGAAUGCAGAUUAAAUUCUUCCUCUGGGAGCAUCAUUGUAAACACACACCCAGAUUCCCAGCCCGGGUUUGGACUGUUCCUUUAAACCCAAAGCCCUGCUGACGGCUGGUGUGGAGGUCUUUGUGGUGACCUGGCCACACCUUUAGCACACGAGCACCAAAGGCAGCCGAGGUGCACACUUGUGCCGUAGGUGUCACUUAAUACACGGUGUCGUUGAGUUUAAUGUGGUCAGAAAUGCAUGUGCUGAGGACGGACCAGCUCCGACUGCCUGUGAACGAUCAUGGAAGUGUCUCGGCAGCGCGAGUGUCCAUUCUCUGUGUGUCCACUGUCGUUUCCACGUCCUCUUGAUCUCCUGUUGAAGUCUCCACCACGCAGCUCAAUGAAGGCCUGCUGCUCUGUCAUCACGCCCACCUCUCCCUCCAAAGCUGCAGCACUGAGCUCCUUGGAGCUGCAGUGAUGAGUAAGAGCUCCGCAGCCGUGUCAAGUCAUGUCUUUGUGGAUCGGAAUCCUCUAGAGAAGCCGCUUUCUGCUCCACAGUCAAGUUAAAUCACCUCAAAACCUGAAUGCUAAUUCAUCAUAAUUUUAAUCCUCAGACUGUGUCAGUUAGUUAUUAUUGGUUGAAGAACGUUCUGUGGCCUCGUGCUUGCUGGUGUUUCUGUGCCUGGACUCACUGCGCUGUGUGUAAAUGCCACUGGUCCUGAUGCCUGAGGCUUCUUUGCAAAUGUUUGUGCACGUUUGGGUUUGUGGAGUGGGAUCCAUUGAGUGCGGACGGGACUCGGUGGCACAGAUUCCUGCCUCGGUGCUGGAGCGGCUGAACAGGGUCAGUGUUUGCUGGACCGGGAGCCCUCAGGCCUCUGGAGCCGUUAGCUGUGGAGCAAUGCAGCGUGAAGCCGUAACUGGGCAGUCAUGCAUUCGACAUCCCAUAGAAAGUUUGAGCUUAUUAAACUUAUUAUUUCUGCUAAGUUGUUGCUUUUUUCUUUUUUUCUGAGCUCGUUGGCGUGUCUGUUCUGUCUGUGCGUUGAUGUUCCACGGUAUCACUGUCUCCAUUCAUCUCUGCAGUACUCUCUGCAGCCGCCACCAUUCUGUGCUGUAGGCCUCGCACCAAAAUGUCCUCCAACGGAGACCUCAGCGACCCGGGGAGCUCCGACAGCUUCUGGGAGCCAGGGCACUACAGGAGAACCGUGAAGCGGAUCGAUGACGGACACCGGCUGUGCAACGAGCUGGUCAGCUGCUUCCAGGAGCGAGCCAAGAUAGAGAAGAGCUACGCUGUGCAGCUGAGCGACUGGGCCAAGAGGUGGAGGUGUGUGGUGGAGAGAGGGCCUCAGUACGGCACGCUGGAGAAGGCCUGGCACGCCUUCAUGCAGGCGGCCGACCGGCUCAGCGAGCUGCAUCUGGAGCUGCGGGAGCGACUGGCCGGCGAGGACAGCGAGAAGGUGCGCAGCUGGCAGAAGGACGCGUUCCACAAGCAGAUGAUGGGCGGCUUCAGGGAGACCAAGGACGCGGAGGACGGCUUCCGCAAAGCCCAGAAGCCCUGGGUCCGCAAGCUGAAGGAGGUGGACGCCAGUAAGAAGAGCUACCACCAGGCCAGGAAGGAGGAGUGGACGGCCGCCACCAGGGAGACGCACGCCAAGGCCGACCCGUCCAAGUCCCAGGAGGAGGUCCGCAAAUACACGAGCCGAGUGGAGCGCUGCAACCAGGAGGCGGAGAAGGCGAAGGAGCGCUACUCCAAGGCCCUGGAGGAGCUGAACCGCUGUAACCCUCGCUACAUGGAGGACAUGGAGCAGGUGUUCGACCUCACCCAGGACGCAGAGGGGCGCAGGCUCCGCUUCUUUAAAGACGUCCUCCAGGACAUCCACACGCACCUCGACCUGUCCGCCAAAGCCGGGUUCAAGGACCUGUACCGAGACCUGGGUCACACCAUCCAAGCGGCCAGCGACACCGAAGACCUGCGCUGGUGGAGGAACACGCACGGGCCGGGCAUGAGCAUGAGCUGGCCGCAGUUUGAGGAGUGGACGCCAGAAGCGAGUCGCUCCAUCAGCAGGAAGGAGCGGAGCCGCGAGUCGCAGGAGAACGUGGUGACUCUGACCAACAUCGUCCCCUCGGGUGGAGACGGCAGCGCCGACACCGGCAGGUAUUCAUCGGACUGGUCAGACGAGGAAAGUCCCAAGAAAGCGCUGUCUGUGAACGGCGUGGGGGAGGCGGAGGACGAGGAGGAGCAGGUAGAGGGGGUGCGAGUCCGAGCGCUCUAUGAUUACACGGGCCAGGAGGCCGAUGAGCUCAGCUUUAAAGCAGGUGAAGAGCUGCUGAAGCUGGGGGAGGAAGAUGAGCAGGGCUGGUGUAAAGGGCGACUGAGCAGCGGCCAGGUCGGCCUUUACCCCGCCAACUACGUGCAGGUUAUUGAUUCCUGAUGACCCCCCCCCACCAUCACCUUUUGUUUUUGUUUUUUUUGUUUUUUUAUUAAGCCAAUCGUAUGAGUGCUCUCAAGAUGCCACAACCUAUUGAAAUAUAGAGACGCCUUCUGCAAAACCAGAUGAAAACACAUCAUGAGUUUUUUUUUCUUUUCCUUUUUUCCUGUUGGAUCCUGGUUUUUAGCCAGUGGAAAGGUCAUUCAUUCACACAUUCACUCAUUCAAUUGGGGGUCAACAACACUGUAAACGAAGCCAAAGAGAAUCCUCCUUGACCAGACUCUGAGAUGUCACUGGAUGAGGAGCAGGAUUCAUUGUCACAUAUCAGAAAACCAGACUCGAGUUCAUGUCGACUUCCUGAAGCUUCACAUCUCUGGAACUCUGGACGUGUCUGUGGAUUCUAAAUGGGAUCCCUGGAUCCUACAUGAACAUGUGAGGAUCUGCGACUGCUCGUUGUCUCUGCUUCGCUGCGGCGGCUUCUUGAAGUCAAAUAAAAGCCCUGGUGCCUUAUUAGAUGGAAAUGUGCAGCGCCCCCCUGCUGUCUGCUUGAUAGACCUGCUGAUGACCCCACAGGACCAACCCUCUGAUAUGGACUGUAACCAGUUUGUGUAUAUUUAAUAUAUAUAUUUGUGAAAGCAGUAUUUGAUUGGCUGUAACCCUCUCUGGCCCCUCCCACUUACUUUAUGCUAUUUAGAUUGUAGGGGACAAAUCUCAUUCUUUCUUCUCUCUUUUUUUAAAUGUUUUUAUGUUUCGUGCUGCGUCAGCUGAUGUUGAACUUGAACUGCGGUGCUCGCGUCGUCGCCUCGCGGUCAAAGCGGUGGAAAAUGCCGUCUGGAGUGUUUGACGUGUGUGUGUCUCCUGUGCCUGUGUGGGUUUGUUGUGGACGCUCGCAGCCCAAACACAUGCAGGUCCUGACUGUCGACGGUCAGAACUGGUUCAUCCGUCUCUCAGCUGCUCUCGGAUCCAGAGACGUUCAAGGAGCAGAUGUUGCUAAACAGUGUACACAUUUUUUUAAUAGUCUUUUUACAUUUAACAUGUUAAUAUUCUAAUUAAUUUUGUAAUUUGAACCAUUCAUUAUAGCAGGGAGAGUUUAGUUGAUCAUUAGAUUUGGUUUUGUUUUAUUAAGAACAGACGUAAAAUAAGUCUUAUCAUCAUUUUCAAGUUGAGCGUGAAGAACGUUUUGAGUUGCUUCUCUGCUCUUGUGUCUUUUUCUUUUUCUUUCCCCAGUUUGUAACAUGUACCGUACAUCAAGUGGAAAGCAAUAAUAAAUGAGCAGUCUAUAGUUGUAUAGACUUAAAUGGUU